CGCCCCAGGGUCUCGAAGCCGCGCGUGCAAAGCCACCCAGCGGAAUCCGGCUGUCGAUUGCCGGGCCAGAUCUCGGAUGACGUCCAAUAAAGGGCGAAACCCGACAUUGUUGAGUCUAGACCUUAGCAUGCCUUCGAGUGCGAGACCAACGAGCUUCUGGCCUUGCGAACCUCAACGCCAAGCGCAGCACCUUUUUCAGCCAAAUACUUGCCCACGACAGCCUCAAGCCAAGAACCGAUGGAAUCCACAAGUCAAUACGUGACUGAGGUGGCUUUCCUGGACUUGAGAAGAUAUGGUAGAUGCUCACUGGGCAUGCUAGGUAUAAGACGCCAGUAUGUCCAGACUCUCAACCACCAUCCGAAACCCUCGAGAUCUCCAGCCACCAGCACCGAGCUCCGAGGCAUCAUAGGCACUACCUUUCCUGCACUUGACCCAGUUGAGCGAAAAGACUCCUCCAAGGUCCCAAGAUAUCCCGUGUGAAUAUGCAGGCUCUCGUCCUCACCCUCGGCGUCUUCGCCGCCAUCCCCACCGUCCUGGCGAACACGAACGCCAAGGCCACUGCCUGCAAUGCCAACAACUGCGCCCGCGACGUGACGGGCACCCGUGAGGGGAAGCUGCCUCUGCUCGAGGUCCGCAAGACAGACUGCGCCAACUUCAUAACGGCCACUGUCUACGCCACCCCCACCGCCACGCCGCAGAACGUGGUGUACAACCGCAAGAUGAAGCGCGACCCCGUCACCGUCAAGGGGCAGACGGUGCCAUCGUACAUCAAGCAGUGCAACGCCAACAUGGCCUCGUACGCCAGCGCCUGCUCCUGCUGGGGCUACACCUCCACCACCAUCACGGUCACUACCCCGACGACCCCCGGCGUCCAGUGGGCCUACUACGCGCUGGAGGAGGGCUCAGGCUCCGGAAAAGUCCCCGCCUAUGCGCACUGGGGCAACUUUAGUCCCGACAACAUCAAGGGCCUGACCCCCUUCAGUACCGGCUGGGGCAAGCGCCUGUCGAUCGGCAGGGGUCAGGAGGAGUGCGUCAACACCCCGGCAUACGUCAACGGCGAGGCCCAGACCGCGGGCUCGCACCACACUUACGCGGUCCUGCAGGCGCGCGGCUACAUCCUCGCGGACCGGGACGCGACCUACCACGUCUACUUCAACCGCGCCAACGAGAUGCUACAGGGCUAGUUCGAGGACGAGGCCAAGGGGAACUGAAGCUCGGACAACGCCCGGCUGACCACGGGCCGCUACGUCUACCGAGCCUUCGUAGCCAGGGCCGGCGACGUCAUCUCCUUCCGAAUUCUGUUCGUCAAUGCCCAGGAAUGCUACGGGUUCGACUUUGUGAUUUACAAGGAGACCCCCGGCCAAGUCGCCUGGGACGCGGUGCUAGCGUCCGCUUACGACAACGGCUCCAACAACAUCGUCCAGAGCUGCUCUGGUGCUCUGGAAAGCAAGGCUCCGGCGUUCCCCGACUGGAAGCUCGAGGGCCAGGGCUCGGUGGCCGUGCUCUAGUUUGUCUGGACGACUUUGGCGGAGUGUCAGGCAAAGCCUUCUUUCCUAGAUAUACAUAUCAUCCGUCGCAAAACUGUGUAGCUCAACGAGGCCUUUGUCGUUUGUGUCUGGGCGGAGACUUGACCAGCUAUUUCCGGAAACUGUCCUGGGAUGAAUAUUGUACCGCGUUCUCCUGUCGCGGCCGUAGCAAAUGUCAUAGCCGCAUCACUGCUAAGUACCGAGCCUUCUAUAGCCUAAGCAUUUUUGGAUGAUUGCGAAACCUGUCUCA